CCUAAUUCUUACCAUAUAUUAUAGAGAUUUUUCUUCCCUUGUCACUUUAUCGCAUGCGAUUGUUCAUGUGAUUUUGCACAGAAAGCAACUACAUGUUGUCUCGCAUGAUAGCUUCUUUUUUUUUUUUUUAAAUAACAUUUUAUAAGUAACGAAAAUAAUUAAGGCCAAGUUUUAUGUAUAAAUGUUAAUGUAAAUUAACUCUUGCAAAUCGCAUGCGUAUUUGACAGAAGAGAAUAAAAUCGCAUGUGUAUAACCGCAUUUGACAGAUGAGAAGAAAAAGCCGGCUUUCAAAAUUGGCUAAGUUUUAAUCUUCCCUGAAGGAUUCACACUCGCAUCUACAGGGAAAUUCCAAAAAAUACUGUUGUUGCCAUUAUUUAUUCACUAACGCGUAUAUGCGUGAAAAAAAUGCACUUAAAUCUAUGUUGUUCUCAAUUGUUUUAAUGAAAUAAAUGCUUUCGUAUUUUAUGUUUUAAUUUGACAUUACUCUCAAAAAAGCCAUGAACAAGGAGAAAAGCCCCAAAUUUACAUUUUUUGGCUUUGCUAUACUAUUCGAAAGUGUGUGAAUGUGCAAAAUUUUUCUGAUAUGUACAUGUGACGCGAAGGAAUUGAGCAAAUUUAGUACACAAGUGCCUUUCGAACGUUACGGUGAAUUAUUUGAGUCACAUAUAAACAUAUUUUUAUUUAUCGAAAAUUUGACUUAAGUGAAAUUUUGUUUGAAAACAAUUUGUUUUUGAAUUAUGAAACAAAAUUUAUCCAGGAAAGUUGGAAAAAAAUCAAUUUCGCACGAACGGAUUUGGCAGCUCUUUGGGCCUCAAGCUACUCUAGAGGACAUACGGCGUACGGCAGCACGGGUGUGCGGCGAUUAUUUAAACGGUCGUUGGAAAGAAGUCUCCGCGGAUCAGCUAAUAGUUAAACGAAUUAGUGGUGGCCUUUCCAAUUACUUGUAUUAUGUAAGCUUACCCCCGGCUGUGACUGACGGAGUUGGAUUAACAACAGAGUGUGCAGAUGGUGGCGACGAUGUCAGCCGAGAAGAUAUUGAUUUGCCUAGUGCUGGCUAUUCCAAGCCCCAAAUAUCUGCUACUAUAGGUGAGUCAUGCUUAACCACAACAACAACAGCAACAACACCAAUAAGAGCAAUUGCUCAGAAUGAUGUGAAUAGCAAUGAAUUGGUUUCUAGAGUACUAUUUGGUGAUGAUUUUAAUGCCAACAUCAAACGUAAACGCUACGACAGCAGUUCCUCGGCAAUAUCACUGCCUCAACGACAAAGUGAACCUCAGGAAGUACUCCUUCGCAUCUAUGGUCAAUCGCAUGGCGAAGAUGCCUUAGAAGCUAUGAUUACUGAAUCUGUAGUAUUUGCUUUGCUAAGUGAACGUAAUUUCGGGCCCAAACUUCAUGGUAUCUUCCCAGGUGGGCGCAUCGAACAGUAUAUACCAGCCAGAGCUCUUUCAACGCUUGAGCUCGCAGACGCAAGAAUAUCUUGCAAAAUUGCUGAAAAAAUGGGUGAAAUUCAUAGCUUAAAUAUCCCAAUGUCCAAGGAGCCGGAUUGGUUAUGGAAUUGCAUACAACGUUGGCAAAGUCAAUUACCUGCGAUUCUCAACAGAAAUGAUUGGCAUGGAAAUCAAUGUCAUGCCGAAUUUGUUGGCGAAUUCAACUUUAUAGAGGAAGCUCUUUGGAUUAAAUCAAUUAUUAGUAUGACCAAUUACCCAGUAUUGUUCUGUCACAAUGAUUUGCAAGAGGGCAAUAUAUUAAUGCGUCAUGACAAAGCUUCAAACGAGCGCACUUCUCUUCGCGAUUCCUUAAGCAGUCUAAGAUCUCAUUUAGAAGACUCAGUUUUAGAAAAUGCGAGUGACUCAAUGAUCGCGAAUAAUACAAAUAUCUUAAAAACAAAGCGUUCCAAAAUAACGGACCAUAACGAUAAAAAUUGCUCAGCCAAUUUGAAUUGCUCAAUUGAUUCGGAUCGGUGUAAUCUAGCAGCUCCAGAUUUAAUUAUAAUUGAUUUUGAAUACUGUGCCUAUAACUACCGAGGCUUUGAUUUGGCUAAUCACUUUUUGGAAUGGACAUUUGACUAUAGCAAUUCGGAAUUUCCAUUCUUUCAUCAUCACAAAGAUCAAUAUCCCAGCAAAUUGCAACGAGACCAAUUCAUACGCGUCUAUUUGAAGAAACUAAAUGAUUUCGAUGAUGAUUACGAAGCCGCUCAAGAGGAUGUUGAAUCAGUGGAACGGGAAAUUGAAUUAUUCAGUAUGCUUUCACAUCUGUUCUGGGGAUUGUGGUCGGUGGUGAAUACUACAUCUAAUAUAGAGUUUGGUUAUUGGGAUUAUGCUGUGACCAGAAUAAAAGAGUAUCAACAACUUAAGCAAGAGUUCAAUUCGUCGAUCGUAUGUAAAGAAAAACAACCGUCAUGUAAAGAACAUGAAAUUUUCUGAUUAUUUCCGCUCUGAACGAGGGAGUUCUCCUAAUCUUCGAACAAGUCUAAAAUCGCAAAGCGGAGGAAGAAGGAUUUCGUUGAGACUUCUGUCCGACCUUGCAUUAGCAGCUUGUCCAUAAACAUGCGGAGCACUUGAAGCACUUACAUUUUACUGCUGUGAUGUUAUACUUAGUUGUUUCUAAUUCAUUCUUUUAAAUAUUUAAAAUUGUACAUUACUUAUUUACGAUAUUCGCUUUUCCAAAGCAAUAUUGAUAUGUAAACCAGUCUAAGCGCUACAACAGACUACUUCUGUGAGAUACGUUUUUGCUUAUCCUGUCUGUUGUUGAACAUCAAUUUGAUAUUUGAGGUAACAUUUUGUUGUUUAAUUUAAUAUAAAUUAUAAAUGAAUAAAUUUUAUUGCUCUGGUCAUUAUAAUCCGGAAAUUACAUUUAAGACAAGUAAUCAUUAAUUUGUCUCUCGUACUUAAUUGUAAUUGUAUCAACAUGCGAAAUAGUUUAAUAAAUAACGUUCUAAUAAAGAAAUCCGAAGUCAUAAUAUCUACUGAAAGGUAGAAACGUAUCUAUUGUUAACGAAGUUAUUCCUCUCCUGCAGUGGGAUGUAGACUAUAAUCCUAUUAUCGCUAAAUGGUACAAAAA